AUGCAGAGAAUAUUAGAGAAGAAACACUUCAGAAACAAACAGAAAGAGAUAGAAUACAUUUCGAAGAAAUUGCAAUCGUACGAUUGGAAGACUUACCCUCAUAGAUGUCUUCUUAUUUUAGAUGACUUUGCUUCUCAUCCUUUGUUAAAGAACAGAGAACAAGAUAUGUGUCGAAUUCUUAAGAAGCUCAGACACUUUAACAUCUCAGUUGUCAUUUGUGUACAGACAGCAAAGAGUUUAAGUAAGGAUGUUAAAAGAAUACUUACUGAUAUCAUACUUUUCCCUGGAUUGUCCGAAGACGAUUUCAUGGAACUUAUGAAAGAGUCCAUGGCAGGUAAGUUUGACAGACAUGAACUAUGGGAGAAGUACAAAGUCAUACAAGACCCUCAUACUUCUUUCAGAAUUCAUAUCUACGCGAACAAAGUUCAAAUUGUAAAAAGUCAAUAA